AUGUUCAUUUAUCAAUUGGACACAGUGGCCGAAACAGAAUGGAACACGAGUUGCGAAUCAUGUCAAAAAAAAGGAAGCAAAGCCAAGAAAGGGUUGGUGGUAAAACCAAUUAUAUCUUCUGAGAUGAAUUCUCGCUGUCAGAUUGACCUAAUAGAUAUGCAAGCACAAUCGGAUGAUAUUUUCACAACAUUCGGAGCACCAUCAAUUUUACAGUCGGGUAGUGGUCGAGAAUUUGCAAAUAAAGUUGUAACUGAAAUAUGUGCGAUGUGGCCAGAACUUAAAAUAGUUCAUGGAAAACCUCGUCACAGAUUGAGCCAGGGUUCAGUUGAACGAGAUAACCAGGAUAUUGCAAAUAUGCUUGCUACUUGGUUGACAGAUAACCGUACUAAAAAAUGGAGUGAGGAGUUAAAAUUAAAAUCGGGUUAA